UGUGUCGGCUAAUCGAGAAGCGGAGAGAGGGGAUGCAAACGGCGUAACGGAGUCCGGGCGGGAUUAACGCGGUCAGCUUCCGCCUCCGUUUAGGGAUGUCUCAUACCGAGGACAGACGCUAUGUGGAGUUGUGCCAAGAUUCAGUCCGCCUGUCUGCAGAAAGUGUGGGUGUUGAUAUAUCUGAUGAGGUUGCAGCACUGCUGGCUGAGGAUGUAUGUUACCGACUCCGGGAGCUCACCCAGUUCAGUGCACAGUCUCUAAGGCACUCUCGUAGAAGGAGGCUGACUGUGGAGGAUUUUAACCGUGCUCUUCGCUGGAGCAAUGUUGAGGCUGUCUGUGGACAUGGAUCUCCAGAUGCAGUCUCUUUCCGCAGCAUUAGAGAUGGGGAGUGUUACUGUGCAGUGGACAAAGACAUCAACCUAGUAGAGUUAGCCCUUGCAACAAACAUCCCCAAAGGGACUGCUGAAACUGCGGUGAGAGUGCAUGUCUCCUAUCUGGAUGGAAAAGGAAACUUGGAACCUCAGGGAUCAGUCCCGGCUGCAGUGUCUGUCUUGACAGAUGAUCUAUUGAAGUAUUACCAACGUGUCACAAGAGCCGUUUUAGGAGAUGAUCUGCAGCUUAUGAAAGUUGCCCUUCAAGAUUUAGAGACAAAUCCCAAAAUUGCUGCCCUUUUACCUUAUUUUGUAUAUGUAGUGAGUGGGGUAAAAUCAGUCAGUCAUGAUCUUGAGCAGUUAAGCCGUCUCUUACAGUUAGUACGGUCCCUGCUAUGGAACCCCUACUUGUAUCUUGGUUAUUAUGGCUGCAGUCUCAUGCAAAGUGUCUUAUACUGUGUAACAGAGCCUCUUGCUGCUUCUAUAAACCCGCUCAAUGACCACUGGACCUUGCGGGACUACGGAGCUGGCCUCCUUAGCUUCAUAAGAACCCACAAGGAUUUGGCUGGAGCUCUGUACCCACAAAUCUUACAAUCAUUGCAAAAAGUACUUGGAGAUCCUGUUCGACCCCUGUGCUCUCAUUAUGGAGCUGUGGUGGGAUUGAAUGCUUUAGGUUGGAUGGCUGUGGAACAAGUGUUGUAUCCUUUACUACCUACAUAUUGGUCGGGUCUGCAGACAGUUUUGGAUGACCACUCCAUGUCAAAUGCACAAGUCAAGGCCGAUGGACAUAAAGUGUAUGGAGCCAUUUUGGUUGCUGUUGAACGUUUACUCAAGAUGAAAGCCCGCUGUUGUGACAAAGUCCUCAACACCCCAUCUCAACUUCCACCUGACCCUUCCAUUUCUUCUUCCCCAUCGGUUCCUUUACUAGAGAUGUACCGUGAGCUGUACUGCUUCUUUGGUGACAGUUUGGCUGUACGCUUUGGCACUGGGGGAACACAAUCUCAUCAGGUGAUAGACACGCGAGGACCUCAAGAGCCAAAAAAAGAGGGAAAUGUUGAAGGAGCACGUAAGAUGCCCCAGCUGACAGCUCAUGGAGAGGAAGAUAUAGUAAGUUCGGGUAGGCAGACACAGCGUCCCCCUCAAAUUCCUCUAGCUUCUUCCCGCCCUCGAGGGUCUUCACGUCAACGCCCCCAAGGAGUGAGAGAGGCAUUUCAGAGGUGCAGGCUUACUCCCCGUGGAUCUCCUCGUUUUAAUUUUUUAAUUGGAGGAAGACAAGCUGGACGAGGAGGUGGAGGACGAAGGUUUCAAAGUGUCUUCCAACUGCACACCGGACCUGGAGCUUCUGCAUCACGCUAUGCACAAAAAUUACCUAUGAUAGGUAGGGUGGCAAAGGCUGGACGCAGGGGUGUGCAAGCAGAGUUGUCACUUUAUUUGCCACUAUGACACUGUUUGAAAUGUAACAUGUGAGAAGAACUUGCUUGGGGUUUUUUUUUGUUUUUGUUUUUUUUCUUCCAAGUUUAAUUUUUGGAAAUGAGGCACUGAAUUUGGGACAUCUACCUUUAUUGUCACACUAUGUGUGACUUUUUUUUUUUUACUUUUUACUUAAAUGGUGCUUAUGCAUCAGUCUUUGGAUAGAACUGUAGAAGAAACUGCAGUACUUCUGUGUUGUGUGUACUAGUGUGUCUAUGCUUGACUUUUUCUAUAAGAGACUGUUGCAAAUAAGCAAGUGUUAGACUGGAUUUUUUUUUCUGUACAGACUGGAGACAGACAUCUGAAUUACAAAUACAUUCGUUUAUAUACAUUCUUUAAAUCUUAUCUCCUUUGUACCUUUCUUUUGCCAUGAC